AUGUUCACAUUUCUCUUCCUUUCUCUCCUUCUAAAUUUUGUAAAUUUGCAACAAGCUCAAGAUGAAGUCAUUGAUCAAUGUGUAAAGGACGUGGUGAAGACGACCGACAUGAGCAGCAAAAAACGUCCUACUGUAGAUCCGACGAGUUGCUUCGAUCUCGACGCUGGUUCUUGCACGUUAUUCAAUCUUCAAGAUCCAGCCGGUUAUGUAACUAAUCUUAACAAUAAUCCGCUUAUGCAAAUACUAAUCAUUAAAUACUGUAGAAAUGAUCAAGCAUUUAAUGAUUAUAAAGUCGCGGCUAACUGUAAAAAAUAUCCGAAGCUUGCCGAAGAUCUUUGCCCGAGCAAAUGCGCGUUGUGCUGCAAAACAUUGGACUAUAACUGCGCUGAUCCAAAUUGCGCUCAUAUCACUCGUGCAAUAUGUCAAACGCCACAUUUCCAUGAUGCACUAUUGAGAUCGUGUCCGCAUUCUUGUGGUUUUUGUCGACGACCAGGUGCUGGCAAUAGAUGUCCAAAUACAAUCAAAGAAUGCGACAUUUUAGUAAGAUUGGGUGGUUGCAAUGAUGCGCGAAUAAGAGGAUUAUGUCAGCGUUCAUGUAAUUCGUUAGACUCGCUGUCCCUAUGUCGUGAUGAAAGAGUUAAUUGCCGUUCAAGACCAGAUUUGUGCACUGGACCAUAUAGUGCAGUGUACGCGAGUCAGUGCAAAUUCACUUGCGGUCUCUGUAAUAGAGGAUAA